AUGGUUGAAUCCGACAGUCAGCAGUUUUCAACCGGCGGUGAAGCUCCGGUGUCUAUGACAGUAUCGACUGAUGAUGGCGGUUCAACAUGCAAAGGCACAACAGAGUCAGACGCUCAUAUCGCAAUUGGCUCCCCCGAUAGUCAUGCGACCCCACCAUCUCAGGAGGAGAGGGCAUUGAGACCUAGGCUUAUUGUGCUGAGUGCCGAUAGUCAAGAUAAUUGCCGGAAACUGAUUGUGAGGGUUGCACGUUAUGCCAUAGGGCAAAUCAAUUCGCUGCAUCACGAUAUUCUGCUCGAUCAACUGUCAUGGCAGUUGAGCCAGAAGCCGGUAUGUGAGUAUCGGGUUGCGUUUCUGGCGUACGGACUGGAUGAUAUGGUGGGACAGCUUCAGACACUGGAGCAGGAACCCAUCAGUCGGCAAGAAAAAAACAGCUCAACUCGAAUGGCAUUUGUUUUCAGCGGCCAAGGCAGCCAAUAUCCCCAAAUGGGACAUGAGUUACUUGAUAUCUGUCCUGUAUACGUACAGUCAAUCGCUCGUGCGUCUCAACAUCUGGCUGCAAUCGGUUGUCCAUGGGACCUGGUGACUGAACUCACCAAUCAUCCCGAGAACUCACGUAUCGACGAGCCGGAAAUUUCCUAUCCGUUGACGAUAGCUGUCCAGCUUGCCAUUGCCGACACUUUCGCUGAGCUUGGAGUAAUUCCAUCGUUCGUCUUGGGACAUUCUAGUGGUGAGCUCGCGGCCGCUUACUGCGCAAAGGCAAUCUCAUUUGAAGAGGCAGUGACGGUUUCAUACCAUACUGGCCGCCUUAUCAGUGCUCUAAAAAGAAAAAGUAGGGGGGUUCCUGGUAGUAUGCUAACGGUUGGAGCAUCUUACAAUACGAUCACUACUUUGAUCAAGACUGCACCAGACACAGUCGUCACCGGCAGAAUGAAUGUAGCUUGUACCAACAGUCCCUUGAAUGUCACGGUCUCUGGUGACGACAGUGCAAUCGGUCGCCUGAAGCAGAUGUUAGAGGCAAGGGGAAUAUUCAAUCAGAAGCUUCAUACCGGCGCUGCUGCGUAUCAUUCACAUCAAAUGGCUGAGAUUGCAACCAAGCUCUCACAGGAAUUGGAUAAUCUCAAGGGCGCUCGUGCUGACCCUUCCGUCACCAUGAUUUCCUCGUCAACAGGAGGUGACAUUGGAGAAACAAAGCUUGGGGUUGAUUACUGGGUUAAAAACCUGGUUUCACCAGUUCUAUUCAUGGAAGCAACCAAGGCGCUUUGCCAAGCAAGCCCCAGUUCAAAACAAGUGGGUUUUAUCUUGGAGGUUGGGCCACAUUCUCAACUCCGCAAACCAAUCAAGGAGACCCUUCAUGCGGUUCUCGGGGAUGACACUGGAAUAAUUUACACCGGAACCUUGAGGCGAGGAUUCGACGCUCAAGCUUGUUUGCUUGAUACACUCAAAGUACUAUUCCUGGGAGGACUUUCUGUGAAGCCACAGCUAGUAAUCCCUCCAGUUGACUCGGAUGUCUGUGCAGCUCUGCCUGACUGGUUAUUUGAUUUUUCAACAUCUUCCGAUGAGGAACUCGACACGUUGAACGUAGGCGAGGGGCGAUUUACAGUACCCAAAAUCCUUUCAACAGCAUUGCGUUUGCAACCUGGGCAAACAUGGGGCGGAUCCAAUCGGUCUCAAAUUGGCAGCCUCCAGAACCAAGGACCGCAAACAAAGAAUGAAAGGAUUCUGCACCACAUAAUGUGCAAGGCACUAGAUGUUCAAAAUAACAUGAUACGUACAGAAGAUAGCUUCUUUCAACUCGGAGGCGACUCUGUUCUCGCGGUGCAUAUCUCGUCUGAAGCAAGGCGUGCCGGGUUGCUCCUCUCAGUAUCCACAAUCCUUGGUCAUCCGAGAUUGGUUGACAUGGCACAGGCAGCUAAGCCGCUCAAUAAUCAAGAUGAAGUCAUAAUCAAACCAUUCUCGCUGCUGAAGAUUGAACCCUCAGAUCUGUUGGCUGAAAUAGCCCGCGACUGGGCUGUUAAUGCUUCAGAUAUCGAGGACAUCUACCCAUGUACACCACUGCAAGAAGGGCUGAUGGUGAUCACGCAAAGCGAACCGCAUACUUACAUCCAUCAGACAGUUUACAUUCUAUCGCGAGAGAUUGACGUGGCAAGAUUUUGUAAUGCUUGGGAACAAACCGUGAGGAGCACCCCAAUUCUCCGUACAACGGUUGUUCCAACACGAUCUGCGGGGACCUGUCAAAUUGUAACCACACGGGAUAUCAAAUGGCAAUUUCCGUCCAAUCUGCAGGAAUACUUAAAAUCAGAUUUGGCGAAGGGAGUUGCAUAUGGCGGUGCGCUUGCGCGAUAUGCCCUGUCAGAAACCCACGAUGGAUCAACAAAAUUCAUCUGGACUGCCCACCAUGCCCUCUAUGACGGAUGGUCUCUACCUAUGAUUUGGAAACGAGUUGAAGCAAUAUACCAUUCCAGUGAUGAAAUUGCCACCAGUCGCCUGCUGGCAGUUCCGUUCAACCGCUUCAUUCGUCACAUACAGACAGUAGACCAUGCAUCGGCGGAUGAUUUCUGGCGAACACAGUUGGCAGGCUCCGUGCUUUCCAAAUUUCCUCAGCUACCCUCUGUGGGCUACCGGCCUCAGGUAAACGAGGUUCUGGCACAUGAUUGCCACGUCUCAAGUCUAGAUGGGACGGGAGUUACUCAUUCCACACUCAUCCGGGCGGCAUGGGCGCUUUUGAUAAACGAAUACCAUGAGUCGCGCAAUGAUGUCGUUUAUGGGUUGACAACAAGUGGAAGAAACGCCGAUGUGCCCGGGAUCGGGGAGAUGGUGGCUCCCACUAUCACUACUGUGCCGUUCCGUGUGCGGAUAGAUGUCGAUGAACGAGUAGACGCCUUCCUUCACAGACUGCAGGUUCAGGGAAUCGACAUGACCCCAUUCGAACAGGCUGGACUGCAGAAUAUUGCAAAUCUCAACUCGGAUUGCCGCCAAGCAUGUGGUUUUCAACAUAUCCUUGUUAUCCAGCCAGAGCAGGACACUACCGAAAUAUUUCCUGGAAUCACAUCCAUCCAGACGACUGAGCUUCAUGGCUACGCAUUCACUGUGCAAUGCAGACUGCAUGUUGACAGAAUCACCAUUCAAAUCGAAUUUGACAAUUCUUUGAUUAGUACAUUCCAGGUUGAACACAUCUGCUAUCAGUUCGAAAAUAUCCUAAGUCAGCUCACGCUCGGCGGUGCACGACCGGUGGGAGAGAUCCAAGCAAUUAGCGAACUCGACAUGAAACAGGUCUUGAAGUGGAAUACCAAAUUCCCUCAAGUGGAGACACGAUCUGUGACUGCACUCAUCGAGGCCCAAAUGCAUGCACAACCACACGCUCCGGCAAUCUGUUCCUGGGAUGGCGAUCUUACAUAUCAGCAACUUGAUAAACUAUCCAAUCGUCUUGCCCAUCAUCUAAUUGAUUUCAAUGUUGGGCCGGAAGUCUUUGUCCUGUACUGCUUCCCCAAAUCAGCUAUGGCUAUUAUUGCUAUGGUGGCUAUUAUCAAGGCCGGUGGUGCCGGUGUGCCAUUAGACCCCGAAUACCCUCCUCAGAGAGUAAAAGAGAUUUCUGCGGAUGCACGUGCAGCAGUUGUCAUCACCACCCCAGAGCUGAGUAAGAAGUUUGAAGGGAUUGUAUCUACGAUCGUGUGCUUGAGCCAGGACUUUCUUGACCAUACAACCUGCGAAGAUCCAGUUACGCCUCAUCGAGCCCACCCUUGGAAUGCCCUUUAUAUUCCCUUCACCUCGGGUAGUACUGGAAAGCCGAAGGGAAUUGUCAUUGAACAUAGCAUGUUCGCUUCCAGCGCACUGGCUCAUGGCGAACUUCUCGGAAUCGGCUCGCAGUCGAGAGUAUUCCAAUUUGCUGCAUAUACAUUCGAUGUGAACUUCGCUGAUAUCUUUACAUCAUUGAUCCGAGGAGCUUGCAUUUGCAUUCCAUCUGACAUGGAAAGAAUGAACGACAUCGUAGGAGCAAUCAACCGAACAAGGGCAAAUUCCGCUGUGUUAACUCCAACUGUGGCCGCCAUGUUUACUCCGGAACAGGUUCCAACUUUGAAGACGCUUAUACUUGGUGGGGAACCAUUGACUCAGGAGAAUGUCCGAUCAUGGGCAGCUCAUCUUAGUCUAUGGAACACCUACGGACCAGCCGAAUGUUGCGUAUACUGUACAGCAUAUCCUCUUCGCACCUCAGACAGCGAUCCCGCCAUAUUGGGUCAUGCUAUUGGAUCUGUGAACUGGGUAGUCAACCCAAUAGAUCACAACAGGCUUAGCCCUAUUGGUUGUGUAGGGGAGCUAGUGGUUCAAGGUCCAAUGGUCGCUCGUGGCUAUCUCAAUGACCCGCAGAAGACAAACGCUGCAUUCGUCGAAAGCCCGCCGUGGCUACCAAUCGAUUUCCCAAAGAAGCAACGGCGAAUCUAUAAGACCGGGGAUCUUGUGAGAUACAAUGCGGAUGGAACACUAAGCUUUAUUGGACGCAAAGAUACGCAAGUGAAGGUCCAUGGUCAAAGGGUCGAGCUUGGAGAAAUUGAGGCCCAUCUAUCCCACAACUCCCAGAUCAAGCAUGCACUCGUCGUUGUCCCUAGCACAGGCCUCUACAGCGGAAGGCUCGUUUGUGUUCUCUCACUUGACGAGCCAUUGGACCUCGUAGCAAGCAGAGGCUGGAAGGAUAUUGAACUGAUUGACAGUUCCCAGAAGGACAACGCCGCCAAGAUAGUUACAACAACUCGUGAUGAUCUAGGGGAGAAGCUGCCUCGAUACAUGGUUCCUUCCGCUUGGAUAGUCUUGAAACAAAUUCCUCUGAAUGCGUCCCUGAAGAUGGACCGAAAUCUUCUGAAGAAUUGGGUCGAGGCAGUUGACGAACCCACAUAUCGCUCCAUCGCCGAUGUGUCCAAUCCAAAAGCGAAAAGCCAACCCACCACGGAGCUACAGAAACAAAUACGUGAUACAAUCAGUAUAGUGCUCGCGCUGCCAAAAGAUUCGAUCGGAUUGGAACAUUCCUUCUUGGGUCUCGGUGGAGAUUCCAUUUCUGCAAUGCAACUCAUGUCGCGGCUUCGCACUAUGAAUAUUCGCCUCAGCGUACAGGAUAUUUUGCGAUAUCGCACUGUCAAGGCUAUAGCAGCGCAUGCACGAGUGGCGGAGGAGUUAAGUGGCCAAGUGCCGACUGUUGAAGAAUCUGACGACUGGUUUGAUCUCGCUCCGAUCCAAAAGAUGUUCUUCGAAAAACAGCCCAGUGGGCAGAACCAUUUCAACCAAAGCUUUGCACUCAAAGUCACCAGAAAUAUUCCGGAUAAUGAGAUCGAACAGGCAAUACGGAUACUGAUUGACCGACAUUCCAUGCUUCGCUGUUGUUACCGGAAAGAUAAACCCGAUGGCAUCUGGCAACAGAAGGUCAAAUUUGAUCCAUCUGAAUCAUUUGUUCUAUUGCCUUCACAGAAAUUAACUUACGAUAAAAUGGCAUCCAUUUUCCGCGAUAUCCAGACCCAGCUGGAUGUGGAGAAAGGGCCAACUCUCGCUGGGAUAACCUGUUAUGUCGAAGAGGCUCAAUACCUUUUUUUGACAAUACACCAUCUGGUAGUUGACUUAGUCUCGUGGCGUGUUCUACUAGAGGAGCUGGAGGAAUUGCUGGUUUCUGGGAUACUUCAAUCGGGGCCUAGUAUAGAAUUUAGCAACUGGGUCAGAUUACAGGCUCAAUACGCUCACCACAGUUUGUCAUCAGAGGAUGUACUUAUGGCUGAUGCUCCGCGCGCUGAUUUUGACUACUGGGGAAUGUCGGAGCAGCCUAACAUUGUGGGAGAUACUAUUGAAACAUCAUUUCUUCUCGACAAGGAACGAACUACCCUUCUGCUGGGAGAUAGCCAGGAGAUUUUGGGCACCCAACCAGUGGAGGUGAUGGUGGCAGCCCUGGUUCAUUCAUUCCGUGAAGUCUUUCCCGAUCGGCAGAUACCAGCGGUGUUCAUGGAAGGCCACGGUCGCGAGUCCUGGGACCCAGCUAUUGAUAUCACCCGUACAGUAGGAUGGUUCACUACAAUCUACCCGGUCAGUGUUGAGCUUGGGAGGGGCGACGAAUGGUUUAACACGGUCAAGAAGACGAGGGAUGCUCGUCGACGACUGCGUCAUAACGGCUGGUCAUACUUCACAGCCAGACAGCUCAACCCUGGAGCAGCGCAGGCAGUUGACACAACUGAAAUGGAAAUCCUAUUCAACUAUCUUGGCUUAUAUCAACAGUUCCAGAGGCCAGACUCGUUGUUUCAACCAUCUGGCAUUUUUGGAAAAGAGCUCCAGGAUUUCAGCUUGACUAUGGAGCGCUAUGCCUUGUUCGAUAUCUCAGCCGCUGGUGAGAAUGGCUGUCUGCGCUUCACCUUCGCAGUUAACAAGUAUAUGCAACAUCAGUCCGAUAUCCAGGAAUGGGUGAGGGUGUGCCACCGAGUGUUAGCUGAAGGCAUUGAUCAACUCAUGGAACAACCGAACGUCGCAAUUUUAGGGGAUUUCAGCAGCCUGAUGGACACGCCUUCAGGCAUCCGCAGGUUGACCGAGCAAAUCCUACCUACAAUCAAUGUUUCAGAUAUUGAUGACGUUGAAUGUAUCUCACCUUGUUCCCCGAUGCAGGUCGGAAUCUUGUUGAGCCAAAUGAAGUCGCGUGGUGCAUACGAGCUUUAUACUAUUCGGGAGGUCAUUGGUGAUGAAAAGGGUGAUGGUUUUGCCGAGAGAAUUAUGGCGGCCUGGCAACAGGUUGUAGACUAUCAUGCGGCUUUGAGGACCGUUUUCAUUCGGAGCACUGAAUCCGACACGGUAUGGGGCCAACUGGUGUUGAGGCACAUGCAAGUAUCCGUUCGGAAGAUAGCCAGCGAGGAUCCGACCACGGCUCUCAAAACGAUUGAGCCGAUGGGGACCACCGAUGGGGUCGCUGCACACAUGUUUACCUUGUGCCAAGGACCGAACAGUUUAUUCUUCAAGCUUGAACUCAGCCAUGCUCUAGUUGAUGGGGCUUCCGUGCAGAUUAUCCUACGGGAUAUCAAACGCGCAUUCAGUGGGCAACUUGGUAAAAUUUCGACGGCUUUGCCUUAUAGCGACUAUGUGGCUUUCCUUCAGCAGCAACGGAAGCGAACAUCGCUGCGUUAUUGGAAAGACUAUCUCCAGGGAGUCCAGCCAUGCCUUUUCCCCCUCCUUGAUGAUGGCCGUCCCCAGACCCACGAGUGGAAGACUGUCCAAGUCGAACUAGCGGAGGUAACCCAGUCUGUCAUACGUCAAUUCUCAGACACUCACGGCAUGACCCUAGCGAAUGUCGUGCAAACUGCUUGGGCAUUAGUUCUCCGGACCUUUACAAACAGUAACAGUGUCUGUUAUGGUUAUCUAACGUCUGGUCGUGAUGCGCCACUCGCCAACAUCGAGAACGCAGUAGGGCCUUUUAUAAACAUGUUGGUUUCACGGGUGCAAUUCGACAACUCGGCAUCAACCCUGGAUAUUAUCCAGACCAUUCAAGAUGAUUACUUGCAAGGCAUGGCCCAGCAAUACGUAUCUUUGGGUGAAAUGCAACACGCUAUUGGGAUGUCAGGUCAACCUCUCUUCAAUACGGCCAUUUCCUUCCAACGGCGAUCCCCACCCAGUGAUUCGAGCGAGAUUUCCCUAAUUUCCAUCCAAGAAUAUGACCCGUCUGAGUUUGAUAUUGCAGUCAAUGUAUUCACAGGCCCUGAUGGAACAGAGGUCCAUCUCACUUACCAGACUUCCAGGAUCUCAAGUGGCCAGGCCACUAAUGUCGCAAGUGUAUACAGAACCAUUAUUUCCUCGCUUUUGGCAAGGCCAGAGAUACCAGUAUCAGAUUUGAAUCCGAUGAGUAGUCACUGCAAAGCUCAGCUGCAGCAGUGGACUGCUAAUAUACCGUCUACAAUCAAUUUCUGCAUGCAUCAUGUGAUAUCAGAGCAAGCGCGCAACACACCAGAUGCCCCUGCACUUCACUCCUGGGAAGCUGAUUACACUUAUGCUGAACUGGACACUGCCUCAACCCGACUGGCACAAAAUUGGUCUACAUAUGGUAUCAAACCGGAUGAAUGCAUUCCGUUAUGUUUUGAGAAGUCCCUAUAUACCGCCAUUGCAUUGCUAGCAGUACUCAAAACGGGCGGUGCGUUUGUGUUGCUUGAUCCCAACCACCCACCUGACCGCCUCAAAGGGCUUCUCAAUGAUCUCAAUGCGAGGUUCAUCAUCGCUUCGCCGAAGACUCGUGAAUACUGUGAAACUUUAAUUGAGAAGGUGCUUGUUGUGUCGCCAUCAAUGCUCAAUUCCUUGCCGGAGGGUGAUGACACCAUGAUAUCAACAAACGUCACACCCGCAAACAUCAUGUAUGUCCAGUUUACUUCUGGAUCUACUGGUAAACCCAAGGGUGUGGUUAUUGAGCACUCUGCUGCGUGUUCCUCCGUUCAAUACCAUGGGAAGGUGAUGGGAUUUGGCCCUAGUUCCCGUACAUUCCAGUUCUCCUCGUACACAUUCGACGCCGUGAUUCUGGAGAUUUUCACGACACUGUAUCAUGGCGGCUGCGUUUGCAUACCUUCAGAUGAUGACAGAAUGAGCCACAUGGUGGAAGCAAUGCGACAGAUGCAAGUCAAUAUCAUGUUUAUGACACCAACCCUCGCUCAGCUGUUUGAACCAGAGGAUGUGCCGACUUUGAAAACCCUGAUGGUUGGAGGUGAGCUUAUCGGCACUAAUACUACCGAUACCUGGGCGAAGAAAUUGAAUCUGGUCGGUGGAUAUGGCCCCGCUGAGUGCACUGUAUUUGCAGCCUACAAUCCACUAAGUACCAACGACUUCCGGCCAGAAGUAAUUGGAUACCCUGUUGGCUCGGUGGCUUGGCUAGUGGAUCCAUCAAAUGAUAACAGAUUGGUCCCGGUUGGAGCUGUGGGAGAACUCAUUAUUCAAGGCCCCAUCGUUGGACGAGGCUACAUCCAUGACUCACAGCGUACAGAGGCGAGCUUCUUAUUAAAUCCCAUCUGGUUGUCGGAAUACAAUGGCAGUCAGCGACACCGACUAUACAAGACAGGCGAUCUUGCUCGCUACAAUUCUGAUGGAACACUUACGAUUCUUGGACGAAAGGAUACACAGUUCAAGCUCAACGGACAACGCAUCGAAGUCACUGAGAUUGAACAUCACAUAAAAGCUCAUUUUCCACAAGUGCUGCAAGUUGCCGCAGAUGCCGUAACCCCAUUCCAUGUUGGUGGCCGGCCGCUGCUUUCCGUAUUCAUCAAUCUCCAGGGCAUGGCCACCCAGGCCCAGGAUGAAGCUGAUAUUCUUUUACCGAUGACUGACAGCUACCGGGCGACAAUUUUUGAGCUUGAAAAUCUUCUGGUGAAGACUAUGCCGCCGUACAUGAUCCCACGGUUGUGGUUUCCCAUUUCCCGGAUGCCAUUAUCCACAUCUGGAAAGACAGAACGCAAAGUUUUGAGAGCGUUGGGUGCUUCACUCUCAGAGACACAGGUAGAACAGUACGCUUUGGGUAGCGGAGCCAAGCGAGAACCCUCAACUGAGACAGAAAUCAAACUAGCUAAGCUCUGGCAGCGUGUACUCAAUGUUUCUAGAGUCGGCCUGGAAGACAGCUUCUUCCGACUCGGUGGUGAUUCCAUUACAGCCAUGCAACUCGCCUCUGCGGCUCACAGAGCAGGAUUCCAACUUCCAGUGGCUGAUAUCUUCCAUAAUCCCCACCUUCUCGACAUGGCUGCAAAAAUAUUCAACUCGCAGGCGAGAAAGGAAAUUGUCGGGGCAGAUGUUGUGGCGCCAUUCAGUCUUUUGAACCCUGGAAUCAGUGUGGAUGAAUUCGUCAAGUCUGCUGCAGAAAAGGCCAACAUCAAAUCCGACUGGGUGCAAGACCUCUACACUUGCACUCCGUUGCAAGAGGGUAUGAUGGCGUUGACUACCCGGGAUACAGGCUCCUAUGGUUGGCAAGAUGUUCUUGCACUUCCUCCCUCGAUCGAUUUAGAUCGCUUUCGUUCAGCGUGGCAAGUACUGGUUGAUGAACUAGCAAUAAUGCGAACACGGCUGGUUCAAAUGGACCAUCAUGGCACCUAUCAGCUUGUCAUUCAGCCAAAACACAGUCCUAUUACCUGGCAAUACAGCGAGUCGGUGGAAGAAUAUCUCUGCCAGGACAAAAAGACUCAGUUUGGCUACGGGACGCCGUUGUUCCGGCUUGGUAUCGUGCAACAAGGGUCCAAAACAUAUUCUGUUUCCAGCGCGCACCACAGCAUAUUGGAUCGCUGGUCAAUCUCUUUGAUGAUGGACCGCCUGUCAUAUCACUAUUUGUCACAAAAGGCACCCCCCACCCCGCCGUUCAACAGGUUCAUCAAAUGGAUGUGCUCUCUUGAUCCAGAAGUCUCCGAUCGGUACUGGAAGUCACGAUUUGCUGGUUUGGCUUCCGUGGAUUUCCCUCGCUCUGUUCCAGGCCAUCGCUCGCGAGCAACAGCAGUGGCAAAGUAUUCUGUCCCUACAUCAGCUAUGAAUAAUUCAGCCAAUAUCACUGUUUCGACGCUUCUCAGAGCAGCAUGGGCAGUCACUAUCAGCCAACACACCGGGUCGGAAGAUGUGGUGUUUGGGAUGACGCAGACUGGUCGCAAUGCCUCCGUAACAGACAUCACGGAUAUUGUCGCUCCGCUCAUCACGGUUGUACCUUUUAAUGCUGUGGUUGGGAAGCAGCUUUCAGUCGCCGAGUUUCUUCAAGGAAUCCACCAAGACACAGUUUCUAUGAUUCCCCAUGAACACGCGGGUCUCCAACAUAUUGCGCAACUUGACGCGGACUCCCAGGCUGCAUGUAAUUUCCAGAAUCUACUCGUUAUCCAGUCACAGCAACAUCAGCAGCAGGCACAGCUCCCUCUGGGCCUUGAGCGCCUCGACAUUGUGGAGAACGAUAUUUUGGCUUACGGAAUUGUCUUGGUGUGCGACCUCACUGAGAGCGCAGUGGUCCUUCAAGCUGCGUUUGACCCAAGAGUGAUCUCGCUAACAAAGAUGCACACCCUAUUAGCGCAGUUCGGCCACUUCUUCCAGCAGCUCAACAAUCCCCAGUCGGCUCAAUUGCUUCUAAAAGAUCUCCCGCUUGUUGGAGAUCAUGAUCUGCAGCAGUUAAAGGUCUGGAGUCGACCACGUAACGCUGAGCGAGUCAACAGAUGUGCACACGAGUUGAUUCACGAACGUGCAUUAGUUCAGCCUCGGUCAUUAGCUAUUGAUGCUGCUGAGGGGCUAUUCACAUAUGAUCAGCUAGAUGAUAUAUCCACCAGACUCGCCCACUACCUUCGAGACAGUUGUGGCGUCGGUCCUGAAACAAUUAUUCCUCUUUUCUUCCACAAGUCAGCCUGGGCUGUGAUUUCAAUGCUCGCCAUGAUUAAGUCCGGUGGCGCUUUUGUCUUCCUAGAUCCUGCUCAUCCCAUGGACCGCUUGAUGUUUAUCACACAGCAAAUCAAGGCAACAUCCAUUAUCACCACUCCGGGCCUAUCAUCCACAUGGAGCUCAACAUCCCUGAAACCGCUGGUGAUCACAGAGAGUUUCUUGAAUAGUCUUCCUGUUCAACAGCAGCCACCUGUGACGGGUGUGAAGCCACACAAUGUGCUCUAUAUCAUAUUCACGUCUGGCAGUACUGGAAAACCAAAGGGUUGUGUAGUUGAACAUGCGUCUUUCUUGAGCGGUGCUGUCCAGCACGCGCAACGAAGCAGGUUAACCCCUGACACUCGGGUUCUCCAGAUGGCACCAUAUACCUUUGACGUGAGUAUUCUCGAGACACUAACGGGUUUACUGUCCGGUGCUUGUAUCUGCCUACCCAGGGGAGAACGUCAGAACGUUCCUGUUUCCCAGAUUAUUCGGGAGUUGAAAAUCACUUGGAGUUUCCUUACCCCUUCCGUCGCUCGAACGAUCAGCCCUCAAGAUUGCCCUAGUCUCAAAACUCUCAUUCUCGGUGGAGAGUCACUUUCGCCAGUGGAUAUCGAAACCUGGGCAGAUCAGGUCCAUUUAUGUAAUGGUUAUGGUCCCAGUGAAUGUUCUGUCGCUGCUACUGCCAACACCAGCAUCACCGUGAAGACCGAUCCAGCCAAUAUCGGGACCACCAUGUGUUGUAAUGCUUGGAUAGUGGAUUCUGAAAAUCCUAACACUCUAUUGCCGAUUGGUGCAGUGGGUGAACUCCUGAUUCAAGGCCCAAUCGUCGCACGAGGAUAUCUAAAUGAGCCGAAGAAAAGCAAGGCCGUCUUCAUCGAUGCGCCUGCAUGGCUGGCUCAGUUGGGACCAAAUAUGAUGGCGGAUCAACGUCUGUAUCUCACAGGAGACUUAUGUCGCUACAAUGAUGAUGGUACAGUGCAUUUUGUUGGCCGAAAAGACACACAGGUCAAGCUUCGUGGGCAGCGGAUUGAGCUGGGCGACAUUGAACAUCACACCUCUGCCCAUCCAUCUGUCAGACAUGCCGCAGUUGAACUCCCAAAGGCCGGCAGGUAUCGAGACAGUUUAGUGGCCGUACUGUCACUACGCGACAUAGUCCCAGACUCCUCUAAUGUCCUGGUUGACGGAGAAGAACUCGUGCCAGUAUUUGGAGAGCAGCUGGAUGUAGUCCGUAAGCACAUCUCAGAUAUACAGACAUAUCUGGUGGAAAGGUUGCCUCCAUAUAUGGUACCGAGCUCUUUCAUUGUCCUCAGCAAUAUUCCACUGUUGGAAUCAGGCAAGAUCAAUCGCCCCAAGGUAAAGGCCUGGCUGGGUAGCAUGAGCACGCAGAUGCAGGAGCUGGUCGCUGCGCAAGCCUCCGUGUCAGCAACCCAUUCCGCAUCUUUGAUUGCUCAUGAUCAGACGACUGCUCUCAGCAUCAGUGACCGGAUUACGCAACUUCUCGCGAAGGACGACGAGGAAUAUGCGAUUGCAAUUCGCAACCGCGACAUCACGCUGGCAACUGCCGGCCUAAACUCCAUUUCUGCAGUUUCUCUUGCGGCCUAUAUUAAGGAUAGAUUCAGCGUCCAGCUUUCAAUCGAUAGCUUGCUAGAGGCAUCAAUGACCGUCUGUGGUGUCGCAUGCAUGAUUGACAAUGCUAGGGCCAACCCUGCCGCUAUCAAUAGCUCGUCUUCGUUAAAUUUGUCUUUGAAGAUUGUAAAGGCAAUUGCAGACUUCGAUCAAAAGACCACAUCUGCGGCACUGACAAUCCCUCAGUCACCUAGGGCACAACACCCUGAGACUAUUCUAUUAACCGGUGCCACUGGGUUCCUGGGGAGUCAGAUCCUCAGACAACUGCUAGAGAUAUCGCGAAUUAAGCGUGUGAUUACUCUAGUCCGUGCUGCGAACCACCACCAAGCGACAGUCAGAGUGAUUGAAUCCGCUCGGAAAGGCAAAUGGUGGAACGAUAGCUAUUCUAGUCGCCUUUUGGUCUGGCUUGGCGACUUGUCGCAGCCAGACCUAGGACUCGAUGCUGCCCAAUGGCGCUGCAUUGAGGCUCGGCCAGACUCCCCUUCUCCGAUCGACGCGAUCAUUCACAACGGAGCAAUUGUUCACUGGGGGUUCGACUAUCAAGGCCUUGAGGCUGUCAACGUCACUAGCACAAGUUCUCUGCUGGCUUCUCUCACCCGGUCGCCGAGACCACCGCGUUUCACGUUCAUCUCGGGUGGUCAGCUAUUCUUCGGAGACGAUGACAACCACGAGGAAGUCGAGGCAUUCGCUCAGAUGAUGAGGAACGCCGGUGGAUAUGCGCAAACCAAGUACGUAUCCGAACAGUUAGUGAAGGAGUUCGCCCGGAGAUACACCACAUCCAUUGCGACUAUUGUGAAACCGGGAUUGAUCGUCGGAACCGUUGAUUCUGGAGUGUCAAAUACGGACGACUUUUUGUGGCGAGUUGUGGCCAGUGUGAUCGAUAUUGGGGCAUUCAACAGCACGGGGUUGGACGGCCUCAUCCUCGUUUCUGGCGCCCACCAGGUUGCUUCUGCCAUUCUGAGAGAUGUUCUCCAUCCUGAACCUCAUUCCCAUACUGUGGAAACUACCAUUCGGCAUGGUAUCCACGUUGGGGAGUUAUGGGAUAUGCUCCGCGAUGAAUUCGGUUACCAACUGGAAGGUAUCGGCGCUACAGAAUGGUUGGACCGGUUGAGAGCGCAAUUAAAAGCGUGCGGUGAGAAGCAUCAUUUGUGGCCAGUGUUCCAUAUACUAGAAGCCACCGGCGGACGCUUGGGUGUCCCUAUGCCGGCCCAUCUUCGGCAGGACAAGCACAAGGAUGAGGUCCAGGCAUCUCUCCGGAAGAGCAUUUCCUAUUUGAGGGAAAUC